CCUUUGUCAAUAUUCUCUUUAUGCUCCAUUGCUAGUUGUAAUACUCUCUUUAUAAUUACCUAUCUCACUGUCACCAUGCCCGACUUUUAUCCCGCUCUCCGCAAUCGCCGCAGCAACGAGCUCGCCCGUCUGGCGGAGGAGCAUCUGCAGCAUGACCUACGCGCUGAAGACCGCGACGCUCUCACCACAGCCACACAAAAGGUCGCCUGGUGGACGACAAUUGGCUCAGCCGUUGGACUCGGUCUGGGACUCUAUGCUGCCUUCCGCCUAAGAAGUUCACGCAAGGCCUUCUUCGAGGUCUUCCGCGCCCGCGAAAAGCCCACCCACGUUGUCUUUGCCGGCGGUCGCUCUGAGCCUAUUCCAGAUAUCACUCCACUGCUGAAACCCACCACCCUGGGUGAUUUCGCCACUUAUUUCUUUGCGAGCGCGGGAGGGUUCUUCCUAGGCGGCGAACUCGGCUUCUUGGGAGGAGCAGGAAGUGGAAGUCGCUGCAUCACGGCGGAUCCCGAUCGAAGACAGAGAAUCGAGACGGCAUUUCGAAAGUUCCGGGCGGAGGUCUUGCGCAAAGAGGCGGACGAACUUGAUCGAGGGCUGGAUGUGUCCGAUCAGAUGUUCUGAUUGGUUGAUUUCGUUACGGGGAAGGAAUAUAAAGGCCAUCUUCUCUUGUCCCGAAUAUCUGGAGAAAGCGAACCCACUACGGCUUCCCACUCCGAAUAUGUUCGGCCACCAUCUGUUAUGACGAGCGAGACGAUUGUAUAAAAUACGAAUGUAAUUGAAGUACUCCCAAACCAAUC